AGGAGGUCCGCGAUUGAGCUCGUGUAGUCGAUGGACGAUGAACGCCGCGGACGCGGUAGUAUGCCUUUGUUAUCAGCCGAGUGUAUUCGCGCCAGGUGUCUAGUGAAAUCCAAUUUGGUCGGGCCGCCCACGAACGUCCACAGCACGAGAAUGCCCAACAUCAAGGUAUUCAGCGGCACGUCGCAUCCGGAUUUGGCGCAAAGGAUCGUCGACCGGUUGGGCAUAGACGUCGGCAAAGUAGUCACCAAAAAGUUCAGCAACCUGGAAACAUGUGUUGAAAUUGGUGAAUCGGUCAGAGGGGAAGAUGUUUAUAUUAUACAAAGUGGAAGCGGAGAAGUCAACGAUAAUUUAAUGGAAUUGUUAAUUAUGAUAAAUGCUUGUAAAAUAGCAUCGGCAUCUCGCGUAACGGCUGUUAUUCCGUGUUUUCCGUACGCCAGGCAAGAUAAAAAAGAUAAGAAUGGCGACAUACCCGAGAAAGACAAUAUUAUAUCAAGGGCAACAGUCAAGUGCAAUGAAUGGAAGUUUCGGAGCAGAGCACCGAUUUCGGCCAAACUCGUCGCUAAUAUGCUGUCUGUGGCCGGUGCCGAUCAUAUCAUCACCAUGGAUCUCCACGCUUCUCAAAUCCAAGGUUUCUUUGACAUACCCGUCGAUAAUUUGUUUGCUGAACCCGCAGUACUGAAAUGGAUCAAAGAGAAUAUAUCCGAAUGGAGAAAUAGCAUAAUAGUGUCGCCAGAUGCGGGUGGAGCCAAAAGGGUAACUUCGAUUGCCGAUCGAUUAAACGUCGAGUUUGCUCUUAUCCACAAGGAACGUAAGAAGGCCAAUGAAGUAGCUUCCAUGGUACUGGUUGGUGAUGUCAAAGAGCGUAUCGCUAUAUUGGUCGACGACAUGGCUGACACGUGUGGUACAAUAUGUCAUGCUGCGGAAAAACUGACUGAAGCGGGCGCUACUAAAGUGUACGCUAUAUUAACACACGGCAUAUUCUCUGGGCCUGCGAUAUCUCGUAUAAAUAGCGCUUGUUUUGAAGCCGUCGUAGUUACCAACACCAUUCCGCAGGACGGUCACAUGAAAGAAUGUCCAAAAAUUCGUUGUAUAGAUGUGUCGAUGAUGUUUGCUGAAGCUGUGCGGCGGACACACAACGGCGAAUCGGUUUCGUAUUUGUUCUCAAACGUGCCUUACUAAUAACGCUGCGAGUACCUGUGAACUAUGGCUAAUUUUUUUUUGAUAAAAAUAGGUUAUUAUGUUAAUCUAAUAUAUAAUAUGCUCAAUAAAUAAAAUAUAUUUAUUAAAAUAUAACAAUUUAAAAAAAAAAAUGUAUAAAAAAACUUGUGUCUUUUUACGUUAAUUAAUAUCAGUUUCACUGACAUACAAGUAAGGGAAAUGAUUGUUUAAUUCAAAUUGAAUCAAUAAUUUUCCAUUCAAAACAAACUAAAGUUGCCUUUUGUCAAAAUUAUAUAUAUAUGUGUAAUAGACAUUAACAUAAAUAAGUAAUUGUUGAAAAAAAAAUGAUACCUAUUUUUCAUUACAAGCCUGUUCGAGGGGCUUGUUAUUAAUUAGGCUUAUGUACAACUACUAUUUUUUUUUUUUUUUUUAGAAUUGUUUAAGAAUAUGUACGAAAGAUCUCACUGAAUUAAAUUAUUCUCUUAUUAAAAAUAUUGUUGAAAAAUUGAAAUUGUGAACAGACCCAAUAUGAUGUUUUGUUUUUCAUUAUUUGCAUUUUUUCAAUUGAAAAAAAAAAAGUCAUAAUUAUACAAAAUAUUCAUAAGUAUUUAGAGGGGAUUACCAGACUUUGUUUUUUUUCUUUGACGCAUUAUAAAAAUGAUCAAGAAUUAACUAUUUCUUUUAUUCAUUUACAACUUGUUCACUGCACUCAAAUAGUUAUUGAUUGUUUUAAGUAGUUGUUAAAAUAUACAAAUUUUAAAACAAAACAUUUAAUUUUUCUAUUUGCAACAAACUGCUGCAGCAAAUAAAAUCGUAACUUGAUUUUUGAAACUUGAGGAGAGCAAAAACCGUAUCAAUUUUGAAUUCUUAUUCAAAUUGUUAUACUCUUUUUUUUUUUUUUUUAAACGCUUUUUUCGUCGGAGUAAAGAAAAAAUAUGACUUUGUUUUUGUUAUCAACUCCAAAUUGAAAAAAUCAAGUUAAGUCUUUUUUUGCUGAGGUAGUCAAUAUGAUUUGAGAAAUAAUUAUUUUUUUUAUAAUACUACCAUUUGUUUUACGUUGCGUUGAAGAAAUAUUUUUUGUUAC